CAGUAUUGGAGUCUCCUUGAGGAGAUAACACCAUGUCUGACAGAAAGGCUGUGAUUAAGAAUGCCGACAUGUCCGAGGACAUGCAGCAGGACGCAGUGGACUGUGCCACCCAGGCCAUGGAGAAGUACAACAUAGAGAAGGACAUUGCUGCCUACAUCAAGAAGGAAUUCGACAAGAAGUACAACCCCACCUGGCACUGCAUUGUGGGCAGGAACUUUGGGAGCUACGUCACGCACGAGACCAAGCACUUCAUCUACUUCUACCUGGGCCAGGUGGCCAUCCUGCUCUUCAAGUCUGGCUGAGUGACAAGCGCAGCAGCAGGAGAGGGAAGCAC